AACCAGAACUCUAGAAUAGGUUUUGGAGAAAGAUGUUGUUAAGCUUACGUACAAGUCAGGAAUCAAAAGGUCGAAUAUGUUUGGGACUAAUCACAAACAAGAAAAGAUCUGCAGAUGCUGGAGACCCAAGCAGCGUACACAAAAUACCUCGGGAGCUCAGCUGGUUUUCCCUCCUGGCACUUAUCCUUGCAAGCGGAACAGUUGCUACACCUCCUCCCUCACUACCAUUCAGGGCCCCAAACUGUCCUUCCAGAUGAGGCAACACUUCACCUCUGAGUCUGUCGGGAUCAAGCACUGUGUCCAGUGCUCCUAGUGUGACCUCUAGUUUAUUGGUGAAACUUGAUAUAGAUUGGGAGACCACUUCACUGAGCGACCUAUCAGACCUGUCAGAAUAAGUGGGAUCUCCAAAUGGCCACCCAUUCCCAUUCCGAUAUGUCUAUCCACUGUCAUGAUGAGGCCACACUCAGGUUGGAGGAACAACGCCUUAUAUUCCAUCUGGGUAGCCUCCAACCUGAUGGCAUGAUCAUCGAUUUCUCGAACUUCCAGUUAUGGACCUCCCCCCUUUCCUUCACCUUUCCCCAUCCACUUUUCCCUCUCUCACUUUUUCUCCUUGCCUGCUCAUUGCCUCUUUCUGGUGCUCCUCCCCUCCUUUGCUUUCUUCUAAGGCCUUCUAUCCUCUCCUAUCAGACUCCCCCUUCUCCAGCCCUGUAUGUCUUUCCCCAGUCAACUUUCCAGCUCUUUACAUUACCCUUCUCCCUCCCAAUUUCACCUAUCACAUUGUGUUUCUCCCUCCCCUACCACCUUUUAACUCAACUCUUUUUCUCCAAUCCAGCUGAAGGGUCUCAGCCCAAAAUGUCAACAGAUUUUUUCCAUUGAUGCUGCCUGGCCUGCUGAGUUCCUCCACCAUUCUGUGGGUGUUAUUAGAUCUUCUAUUAUGGAAUGAGACAGGGCAGGUGAUAGAACUUCGUGAAGGAGGACAAUUUGCACCUAGUGAUCAUAAUGCCAUUAGUUUCAAGGUAAUUAUAGAAAAGAUUAGUUCUGGUCCUCAGGUAGAGAUUAUAAAUUGGAGAAAGGCCAAUUUUGGUGGUAUCAGAAAGGAUCUGGCAAGUGUGGAUUGGGGCAGGCUGUUUCCUGGCAAAGGUGUACUUGGUAAGUAUAAAGCCCUCAAAAGUGAAAUUUUGAGGUAAAGAGCUUGUAUGUUCCUGUAAGAAUAAAAGGUGAAGAUAACAGGUUUAGAGAACCUUGGUUUUUGAGAGAUAUUGAGGGCCUGGUUAAGACAAAGGAGGCGCAUGGUAAGCGUAGGCAAACAAGGAUAAAUGAGAUGCUUGAAGAGGAGGUGUUUGCUAUCUUUAGGUAUAUUGGGAUGGAUAAGUACCCAGUGCCAGACAAUGUGUUCCCUCAGAACCUGUGUGCAGCUAGUGCAGAAAUUGCAGGGGCCCUAGACAAGAUAGUUAAAACAUCCUUAGUCACGGGUGAGGUGCCGGAGAAUUGGAGAUAGCUAAUGUUGUUCCAUAGUUUAAGAAAGCCUCUGAGAAUAAUCCAGGAAAUUAUAGGCCGGUGUGCCUGCAGUCAAUAAGGGGAAAGUUGUUGGAAGGCAGUCUAAGGGAACAGACAUAUAAGUGUUUGUAUAGACAGGGACUGAUUAAGUUCAAAGUUGAAAUUACAUUUAUUAUCAAAGUACAAAUACAGUAUUCAACUUUGAGAUCUGUCUCCUCAGAAAGAUUGUCUUCAUGACUGUGUGUGGUAGGUUGUGUCGAACCAAUCUUACAGAGAUUUUCAAGGAAGCUACCAGGAAAGCUGAUGAAGGCAAGGCAGUGGAUGUCUACGUGAGCUUUAGCAAGGCAUUUGACAAGGUCUCGUAUGGGAGGUUCAUCAGGAGGGUUCAGAUGCCUGGCAUUCAAGAUAAGAUAGUAAAUUACAUUAAACAUUGACUUCGCAGAAGAAGUUGGGUGUGGUUAUAGAUCGUUACCCCCCUCCAACUGGAGGCUUGUGACUAGUGGUGUGCUGCAGGGAUCAGUGCUGGGUCCGUUGUUGUUCGUCAUCUAUAUCAACAAUCUGAAUGAUAAUAUGGUAAGCUAUGUCGGUAAAUUUGCGAAUGACACCAAGAUUGGGAGUGUACUGGAUAGUGAGGAAAACUCUUAAAGCUUGCAGCGGAUCUGGAUCUGUAAAAAUGGACUGGAAAAUGGCAGAUGGAAUUUAAUUUAGACAACUGUGAGGUGCUACACUUUAGGAGGACCAACCAGAGUAGGUCUUACAUAGCAUGCGGUAGGGGACUGAGGAUUGCAGUAGAACGGAACAGAGGGAUCUGGGAGUACAGAUCCAUAAUUCCUUGAAAGUGGUGCAUGGGUACGUAGGGUUGUAAAGAAAGCUUUUGGCACAUUGGCCUUCAUAAAUCCUGAGUACAGGAGCUGGCAUGUUUAGUGGACAUUUUAUAAGACAUUGCUGAGGCCUAAUGUGGAGCAUUGUGUGAAAUUUUGGUCACUUACCUACAGGAAUGGUGUCAAUGAGAUUGAAAGAAUACAGAGAACAUUUCCAAGGAUGUUGCCAGGACUUGAGGUCCUGAAUUAAAGAGAAAGCUUCAAUAGGCUAGGACUUUACUCUCUAGAAGACUGAGGCGAGAUUUGAUAGAGGUAUACGCAAUUAUGAGGGAUAUAGAUAGGUAUGGAUGUGAGAGAUAUGGAUGGCUAUGGUCCAGAAGAAGGUUGAUAGGACUAGGAAAAUUAAUGGUUCAUGCACUUAGUUGGGCCGAAGGGUCUGUUUCUGUGCUGUGGUGUUCUAUGACCCUAUGCUGAAGGCCAGCAUGCCGAUUACCUUCAUCACCAUGUGUAGUUGUGUUACUAUUUUUGAGGAAAUAUAUGCUUGUACGCCCAGGUCCCUCUGUUCUACGAAACUACCCAGACCACUGCCAUUCCUGUGUAUGUCCUACCCUGGUUUGACUUUCAAUAUAGUGCAGUUCCCUCAGUAACUAGAGUUUUAACAAUCAAUGUGAAUACUAUAUUAAACAAUUCUAACACAUUAAGAUUAGUUAUUAGCUUGUGUGUUAUGCAACAGAAAUAUUACAACACCAGAUCUUCAAGCAACUUUUUAAAGUUUCAACAAACCUUUGAUCAUGGGUGAGUCCAAAUUGUGAAAAAUGAAAUAUCAGUUGGAAUUGUCAAGUGAUAAGUUGGAGCAGGAUAAAUGUGCCUAGGAGAGAGAUGUACUGUAGAAGUGGGUUUUGGUGAACAGGUUAUCGCAGACAACAUGGGAAUGAGGUGCCUGAGAAAAUGAACAAGGCAAGAGAGACACUCAUGGAUCAAUGUAGAACAUCUUCGAAUUAAGCAUUCCUGGAAGAGAGGUGGCAGUGAAUUCAACAAGUAAGUGAAAUAUUAAUAUUUACAGAUGUGAAGCUGAAACAAAAGCCAAAAAUGCAGAUGAGGGGUCUCUGAUCUAAAAAAAAUCGAUUUUUUUUCCCACAGAUUCUGAUUUUUCUGUUUUUAUUUCAGAUUUCUAGCAUCUAUAAUUCUUUGAUCUUUACCUGCUAACAGACAGAUUCCAGGCACUAACACCACUUGGAAGACAAAUUGAAUCUCUGCUUCUAAAGGGAGUGCUGCAGGGGAGAUCAUAUCGAAGGAAGAAGUGCAACUGCUUUAAAAAUACAGAUAAAUCUUAUGACCCAGAAAUGAGGCCAGUAGUUGUACUACGUGGUGUAGUGUUGCUGCUUGUGAGCUUCGUAACAUAUUACAUUGUGUCUAAACUCAUGACCGAUGAAGUGAAAGUCAACAAAAGGAUAUCUCUCCAAGAGCCAAAAACUAAGAAGUUUAGCUGCAAUAUGGAAACAAGUUGUCCUGAAGACCAUUUUCCAUUUAGUAUUACAAGCGGAGCAGCAAGUGUUGUUGGACCCAAUAUUUGUUUCAAUGGUAAAAUACUCAUGAGCUCUGUAAAAAAUAAUAUUGGAAAAGGUAUAAACAUUGCUUUAGUAAAUGCUACAACUGGUCAACUAUUAAAGACUGACUUUUUUGAUAUGUGGUCUGGAAAAGUUGAACUGCUUGUGAAAUUUUUAAAAUCGAUACAGCCUGGCACUGUUGUGCUACUUGCUUCUUUUGAUGACGCAGCAACAAAGAUGAAUGACGAAGCCAGAGGAUUAUUUUCUCAACUGGGAAGCUCUUUAAUCUUUAAACUGCAUUUUCGAGACAAUUGGGUUUUUCUUGGAGCAAAACCAAUUAAGGAAAAAAGUCCAUUCGAACAGAUCCUUGAGAAUGACAAGAAAAAGAACAAAUAUGACAACUGGCCUGAAGCAUUGGAAAUUAAUGGUUGUGUACCAAGGAAGAAAGAUUAGUUAUUUUCUGAUGGCUUUCUCCAUUCUUUAUCUGUUUGGGGGUUUCAGUAUUGCUACACCAUUCCCAGAAGCUCUCUUGACAAGUUUUUACCAUCUUUUAUACAAAUUAGUCUUAACACACAGAAUAUUAUUGUCUUCUUCGUUUGUUGGAUCUUAAUUAAAUAAUAUUUAAUUUAGAGGAAUAACUUUUAUAGGCUGGAUAUCAGGAUUCAAAACUGAUGUAAGAAGUUAGAAAUAUAACUAAUGGAUUACAGUCAGAGAAACAAGUUAUUCUUAUUUUUCUUAACUGAAGGGCUUUGCCAAGUUUUUUGAGCAGGUCUGGGUUGAGCAAAACUAUAUUUAAAUAUGUAUUAUGUAUAAUAGAAAUUCAAUUUACGAUUGGUGCCACCUGUAUUUCCCUAGACCUUUAUGCUGGACUGGUCAAUUGUACUGGUAAAACUGUUACCCUUUGUAACUCCAGAAACUAUUCAAAAGAAAAAGAAAAACAUGGGAGCCCAGAA